CUACACAACCCUCACCCCUACACCCUCCCCCCUCCACCUCACCCCCCUCGGAAGAAACACAGAGGAAGAGGAGGAAGAGGAGGAAGAGGUUCAAUACAGACUGACUCUGGUUGGCUGCCUCCCGGUCCAUCACCUCACCACCAUGGCCAUGCUGCCCUGGGUCGUGGCUGAGAUCGGGAGGCCUCGGCCUGGGGAGAGAGACAAGCCCGUAGUGGGUCGGCCGCCUGGAAGUCCUGCAAGUAGAGGCACACACACCGGAAACGGAGAGAGCGUUUCCUCACGACGACAUCAGGCGGUGUGUCUGUGUGUGUCCGCCUCGUGGGUGAGGUGUGUGUGGACGGAGGAGGAGGUGGCGAGGGACAGGCGACCGUGGGACCCCCUCACACACACUCACACGGUGUUGUUUGAGUGCCGGCCGCACCGCGUCACCAAGCUGCUCCACGACAGCAGGGAGCCGUGUAGCUUUGGUUGUCUGGUUCGAGACACACAUCUCUGUUACUGCUACGUCUUCCAAUGCCAGGACUGCACCAAGGUCCCUGAGAUCAUCAGUACGCUGCGUCAGGCUGGGAAGAGCUCGGCGCGCAACGAUGACCUGGCAGCGCCCAAACCCGCCGCCUCUUCCUCAGAAGACUGUACUCCGUCCGCGUCGUCCGCCUUCGGCGCUGCCACCAUGUUCGCCAAGAGGUUUGAGGUUCUGUUCUGCGGAAGAGUGACCGUCGCUCACAAGAAAGCCCCGCCCGCUUUGAUUGACGAGUGCAUCGAGAAAUUCAGCCAAUCGGUAGGGGCCGGGGGCGAUCCUAAACCCGAUAGCGGCGGUGGAUUGGUGGACGGGCUGCGGAGAGCUCUGGCCUUACCGACGCUAACGCGAAAUGGAGGAACGGGGGAUGGAGAGGUCAGGGGAGGAGGAUACGGUGCCUCUAGUGGUGGGAGGCCGGUGGUGUUCAAACCAGACCCCAGUUUCCCCUGCCUCCGGGCCCUGGAUGAGAACGGACUGUCACCUGAACCACACACACACACCGCUGGGGUCCAGCCCACCAGUCUACAGGAGAACAGGACCAUGCUGUUCAUGGUGGGUCGGUCUCAGGUCUUCCUGGUCAGUCCAGACACUAAGACGGUUGCCAUAGAGAAGAGCUUCAGAGAAAUAUCUUUCUGCUCACAGGGUAUUCAUCAUGUGGAUCACUUUGGGUUCAUCUGUAGAGAGACAGUAGAAGGAGGGAGCUGUACGUUCGUCUGCUAUGUCUUCCAGUGUACUGAUGAAUCCCUGGUGGAUGAGAUCAUGUUGACUUUAAAGCAGGCGUUCUCUGUGGCCGCCCUGCAGCAGAGUGUAAGGACCAGGAGCCAGCAGUGUGACAGUUGCCCCAUGCAGCAGCUGCACAGGCUGUGUGAGAGGAUAGAAGGUCUCCUCCCGUCUAAAGCCAAGCUGGAGUUUCAGAAACAUCUGGCCACACUGGACAACCAGGAACAAGCUACAGUGUUCGAGAGCACUGUGAGGGCCAGUCCUAAGAGUGACCAGGAGGAGAAUGAGCUGGUGAUGGGGUCUUUGAGGAGUCUGUACGAACAGAAACAGAGGAGUCAUCAACACACAGAUCACAGACCGGUACCAGAGGCUCCAGCCCCAGUAGAGGUCCAGUCCAGUAGCAGACAGAGAUUAGAGCAGUUUAAAACCAGAGCUAAACGCUCCCUCACAGAGUCACUGGAGGGCAUCUGGAAGGGAAGUAGCAAAGCCAGGGCUCAGAGAGAGAACAGUGAAGGAAACAUCAGUUCAUCUGACUCUACACUGAACUCUACUGAACAGUACCCCUCCCUAGAAGACCCCCUCCCUUCCUCCAAUCCUCUGCGCUCUCACAACUCUACAGGGGACCUGAAACAUCUGGACACCUCUCCUCUCUCCGUCUCUCCUUCCUUCUCAUCCCUGUCUCUGUCCUCCCGGGACGCACGGUCCCAGCCGCAUGGCUUCAGGCGGAGAGCCAGCACCUUCAGCCACUCCCCUUCCUACCACGAUCACGCCCCUUCCUACCCUGACCACACCCCCUCGUAUACACACACACCCCAGGUACCCAGCGGCUCCACCAAGCCCAAACUGGUCCGGCACUACUCUGUCAGCACCGACACUCCGCACCAGAGCAAUGAUGUAGCAGCCCUGUCCAGUCCGGUAGCAGUGUGUGUGGUAGGAGACAGUCCUCUACGGAGACACUCCUGGAGACAACAGAUCUUCCUACGUGUCGCUACCCCUCAGAAAAACACUGACAGCAAUGACAGGGGUGACUGCUCCUUAGACGGCAGGGGUGUGUCUGUGUGCGGGGUUGGAGACGGAUCACUGGGCGUGGUUCCGGAGGAGAGGAAGAAACGUGGCCGAGCAGAACUGAGACAGCUGUGGAGGAAGGCCAUCCUGCAACAGACACUACUGCUGAGGAUGGAGAGAGAGAACAACAAGAUACAGGCGUCGGAGAGUAAGCGUCAGCGUCUGGACUAUGAAGAGAUAACUCCCUGUCUGAAGGACGUCACGCUGGUCUGGGAGAGCAUGCUGGGAACACAGGCCAGGUCGAAGGUCAAGUUCAACACUGACACUGUCCACUCUGCUGUGGAACAGGGAGUUCCGAGACAGUACAGAGGAGAGGUGUGGAAGUUCCUGUCAGAGCAGUUUGUAUUGAGACAACCGGUUCCUGUCAGAUCUCCAUCUGACAACAGGCCUUAUAAAGAACUGCUGAAACAACUGACCUCCCAACAGCACGCCAUCCUCAUAGACCUGGGUCGUACCUUUCCGACCCAUCCUUAUUUCCAGGCUCAGUUGGGGUCUGGUCAGCUGUCUCUCUAUAAUCUCCUGAAGGCCUACUCUCUACUGGACCCAGAGGUGGGAUACUGUCAGGGUCUCAGCUUCGUAGCAGGAGUGUUGUUGUUGCACAUGGGAGAGGAGGAGGCCUUCAACAUGCUCCAGUUCCUCAUGUAUCAUAUGGGGCUUCGCAAGCAGUACAGACCUGACAUGAUUAUACUACAGAUUCAGAUGUACCAGCUGUCCCGUCUCCUCCAUGACUACCACAGAGACCUGUACGUCCAUCUGGAACAGCAUGAGAUAGGACCGUCUCUCUACGCUGCUCCCUGGUUCCUCACGGCCUUCGCCUCGCACUUCCCUCUGGGCUUUGUAGCCAGGGUGUUUGACAUGUUGUUUCUCCAGGGUUCGGAGGUGAUCUUCAAGGUGUCGCUAAGUCUUCUGGGUAGUCACAAGCCCUUGAUCCUACAGCACGACAGUCUGGAGUCUAUAGUGGACUUCAUCAAGACUACAUUACCUAACCUGGGACUAGUCCAGAUGGAGAAGACCAUCAACCAGGUGUGUGAGAUGGACCUGUCCAAUCAGCUGCAGGCAUACGAGGUGGAGUACCACGUCUUACAGGACGAGCUGUGUGACACGCCCGCUCACCUCAACCAAUCACAGCGCACCGCCCAGCUGGAACGCACCAAUCAGAGCCUCCGACAGCAAAACCUCGACCUGCUGGAGGAACUGCAGGUGUCCCAGGCUCGUGUGUGUCGUCUGGAAGGCCAGGUGGAGGGGCUGGCCCAAUCAGAGGCUCUGCUGAGAGAACGGGUGUUCGACCUGGAGGAGGAGAGGAACGGACUGCGGAACGCCGUCACACACCUACACACACUCCUCACCGCGCUGGGAAUACACACACACACAACGCACAGGGACUUCAACCUGGACCCUCACACACACUCCGCUGCCGACACAGAUGGACAGAGAGAUGGACAGGGUGUGGACGUCCCCACCAGAGAGGGGCCCAGACUGGGGCAAGCGAUGUCCUCCCCUCUCCUCCCUCAUCCACUGGCUCUACCAGAACAUUGAAUCCUGAGGACUGUUCUCCUGUACUAAACUGGAGAAAUGGGGGGGGUUCUCUGUCCUCUCUGGGCCGAUACUCCACACAACAGUCCAAUAUACACAGUUACUAUUGCAGCCAGAUGUGUGUGUCUCUCUGCCUGCCUGUCUGUCUCUCUGCCUGCCUGUCUGUCUCUCUGCCUGCCUGUGUGUCUCUCUGCCUGCCUGUGUGUCUCUCUGCCUGCCUGUGUGUUUCUCUGCCUGCCU